AUGGCUACAGUUAAGAAAGAUCGGCCCACAGCUAUCAGCAUCAAUAGCAAUGCGUCAACGUACUCUCACGGUGUGUCUUUUGUGCACGAACAGUAUGGCGUCAGCGAGCAAGAUGCUCGCAUCCCGCAGGCACUCUUCCUCAUCGCCUACGGAUUUGGCUGCGAAUUGUGGCUCAGUUUAUCCCUUGUCAAUCUGUGGCAAAUUCCUUGCGCGCUAGGCAAGAGCUACGCAACUAUCCUCGUGUUCAGAAUCUUGGGUGGUCUGUCCACUGCCGGUGGAUCUGUAACACUGGGUGAGUGUGCUGUUGCGUUCCUGGUACUCUCAUCUGCAGGUGGUUCGGUAGUGGGUGUUAUCAUCGGCGCUUUUGUCAAGGCACGAAUGUCAUUACCAUGCAUUUACGGUCCCAACGAGAUUCGCAGCGGACACAGGAUUAGCUUCAAGGAAUGUGGGGCCAUAUUCUGGAGGUACUCCGGCAAACCAUUCUGCAUGUUCUUCACCGGGCACAUCGUCGUCUGGAUCUCCCUCCUCAGCGACUUCGGCGACGCCCUCAUCUUCACGUUCCUCGAAGGUUUCAAACCCUUGGUUUCCCUCGCCCCGCUCGAAUUUCUCGGCAUGAUGGGCUUCACAUGGACAAUUCUGGGCCCUGGGUGCGGCAUCCCGUGGAUUGCGCCUAUGACCUUCACCGUACUGGUCGCGAUCGUAAACUAUGCUAUCUACCAGUCCUCAGUCUACUACGAAACCGUGGCCUACGGCCCGUACGCUACCAGCACCACCGGUGGUAACGACCUUGCACGGGACAUCAUGGCCAACGUCGCUGCGCUAUACUCCACGCCGCUGUAUAAGAACAUGCCCGGCAGACUGAUCCAGUAUGCGAGUACGCUGCUAGCCUGUCUGUUAGACGUGGUGACCAAACCGAUCUACUUCAGCAGGUUUGCGCAGAGUCUGGAUAGGACGCGUGAGGAGAGGACAAAGAAGAGGAAGAGUAGUCUCGUGCGGCUGCAGGAGGAAAUUGAGUCGGAGCGGUUAGAGAGGGUGUGA